CACACGUUCAGAGGAACAUUAAGAGAGAAACAUGGCAGAAGAAGCUCCAGCAGCGGCGCCGGCCAAAGCCCCGGCCAAAGCCCCGAAGAAGAAGGCGGCGUCCAAGGCCAAGAAGGAUGGACCCAGCCUGUCCAAGCUGAUCGUGGCGGCCGUGGCCGAGUCCAAGGAGCGCAAGGGCAUGUCUCUGGCGGCGCUGAAGAAGGUGCUGGCCGGCAAAGGCGUGGAUGUGACGAAGGCCAACAAGCGCAUCAACACCGCCGUCACCAAGCUGGCGACGGCAGGAACCCUGAGCCAGACCAAAGGCACCGGGGCGUCGGGCUCGUUCAAGCUGGCGAAGGAGAGCAAGGCGGCCAAACCAGCCAAGAAGGUGGUGAAGAAGAAGGCUCCGGCUAAGGCCAAGAAGCCCGCCGCCGCUGCCGCCAAGAAGGCCAGCACCCCCAAGAAAAGUGCGGCUAAGAAACCGGCCGCCAAGAAGUCCCCGAAGAAGGCUGCGGCCAAGAAGUCCCCCAAGAAGGUGGUGAAGAAGAGCCCUAAGAAGGCGGCUGCGGCCAAGAAGCCAAAGGCUGCUGCUAAGAAGCCUGCAGCCAAGAAAGCUGCAGCAAAGAAGCCCGCAGCUAAGAAGGCCAAGAAGUAAAGCUGCUGCCAGCAGCACUCAGUGCACCAAAGGCUCUUUUCAGAGCCACCACUUCCACCAUUAAGACCUGAUUCCUGCUCAGCAGCUCAUGAAUUAACUGUUUAAAUGCAUAGAUAUUAAUAGUUAAUCUGGGUUAAAAUAUCUUCUCCCCGACAGCCUUAGAUGUGCAGCUAGAUAAGAUUAAACUGCUUACAUUGA